AUGGGUUCUACCGGCAUGGGUUUCGAAAGUAAACGAGUCGCCGUCGUUGGCGGUGGGCUUGGUGGCAUGGCUUUCAUGAAUGCCGCAUUGUUCGCCGGCCUGAAAAACGUCCAGUGCUAUGAGCAGGCACAUCAAUUCGGUGAGGUCGGCGCCGGUGUAGAUAUCUCCGCCAAUGCCAACCGCAUCCUCGAUACGUUUGGUCUUCAAGAGUCUCUGCUCCGCUGCUCUUCACCUCAACUGCCUUAUUAUAUGCAGUACCACAGCUACCAGACCGGCGAAUACCUUGCUCAUAUUGAAGAGUUCUCAAAGCCGCAUGCACGCCUGAUUCACCGCGCUCAUCUCCUGGAUUCUCUUAAGAAGCCUGUCCCAGGUGACCAUCUUCACUUGCAGAAACGCCUCGCAGUUAUCGAUCGCAACACCAGUCCUGAUGCUGCACCGUACACCCUUCACUUCGAGGACGGUACUACCGUUGACGCUGAUAUUGUGAUUGGCUGCGACGGUAUCAAGAGCAGGGUUCGCCGCGAGCUAGGCUUCGGUGACUCCCCCAAAUAUUCCGGCCAGGUUGUCUACCGUGGCUUCGUCGAGUAUGAGGAUCUACCCGAAGAGACCUCCAAGCUCCUUCGCAACGUCGUCAACUUCCGUGGUCCGAAGCGCCAUAUCCUGUGCCUGCCUAUUGGCAACCCAUUUACACAGACUGACCGUAUCGGUGUCAUUGGAUUCAUGUCUGAACCUCUUGAUUCCUGGGACUCCGAGAAUUGGAUGGCCCGUGCGGAUAUUGAAACACUCCACGAGCAUGUGAAAGACUGGUGCCCCCAAGUCCAGGACGUCAUCGAGGGUCUCCACAAGGGCUCAUCUGAUGGCCGCAUGAUGAAGCAAGCACUAUAUGUUCGCGACCCAAUUGCCAAGUGGUUUGAGAUAAAAGAGAGUCAGAACAACGCGGGUAUUCUUCUUCUUGGUGACGCAGUUCACUCCACUCUUCCUCAUCAAGGCCAGGGUGUCUGCAUGGCCAUCGAGUCCGGUAUUGCACUGGCUACCAUUCUUACCCACUGGAAGAAUGAUGACCUGCACGCUGCAUUCCAGUUCUACCAGGAUUUGCGCAAGCCUCGCACUGAUCGGGUCACAAAAACCAGUUUUGAGGCUGGCAAAUUGGCCAGCUCCGACGAUCCUGAUCACUUCAGCGAAAAUUUCAACCCGGACGCAUUGAUGGAGCGCAUGAAGUGGAUCAUGGAGUACAAUGUUCUGGAUGACCUGAAAGUCAAGGGUGCCGAGUACAUGGACUUCCACGAUUCCCGAGUCUAA